UUCUUAUAUUUUUAUUAUUGAUUAAUAUUAAUCUUUUAUUAAAGUAAAAUCUAUUUACCUUAAAAAAAUAAAUGAUAUUUAAGAAUUAUAAAAAAAAUGUUCAAUUUUCAAGAAUGUAGCCAAUCAAAAAAGAUUAUAGCAAACAUGUAAUGCUCAUGAAAAUAUUGCUUAAAUAAAACUGUUGAUUUUCUAUUUGCUACUUAGUCUUGUUAUUUGCCAAAAAAUACAAGCUGUUGAUGUCUCAUUUAUUUGAUAAAAUAUUUUACAUAAUAUUACGUAUGAUAAUUAAUGAUUAAUAUAUUCUGAAACUUAUUUUGUGAACAAUUACUAGUCUAUUAUUUUGGAAUUUUUAAACUCCAUUAGAAUAAUUAUUAAUAGAUUAUCCCGCGUUAGGAUAACUUUAAAAAUAUUAUUUGGGUAUGUUGAAUUUAUUUUAAAACUUAUUAAUUCCGAAAGUAAAAUUCAUUCGUAAGAAUGGCCGAUGAAAUAGAAACAAUUCGACUUGCCAAUGACGAUAUCGAAUGUAUGGAAGGAGAGAUAGAUGCUGAUGAUGUAGAUGAAGAAGGUUCGGAUGGAGUUGUAGUUCCAGAACUUCAGGGUACAUUAUCCAAAUGGACAAAUUAUAUACAUGGCUGGCAAACUAGAUUUAUUGUUCUCAAAGAUGGUACUUUAUCUUAUUACAAAUCUGAACAGGACAGUGGAUUUGGAUGCCGAGGUUCAAUAAGUCUAUAUAAAGCUAAUAUUAAGGCUCACGAAUUUGAUGAAUGUAGAUUUGAUGUAUCUGUGAAUGAUUGCUUAGUAUGGUAUUUAAGGGCAAGUAAUCCAGAAGAAAAGCAACGUUGGGUAGAUGUUUUAAAAUCUUAUAAGUCAGAAUCUGGUUAUGGAAGUGAAAAUAGUUUGAAACGACAUGGUAGUGCCAUUUCACUUAUAUCAAAUACACAGUCUAUUACAAGUGCAGGUAGUUUUACUAAACGUGGAGUUAGAGGAUUAAAAGAAAAAUUAGCAGAACUUGAAACUUUCAGAGAUAUUUUGAUCAAACAAAUUGAUACUUUACAAAAAUAUUUUGAUAAUUGUGCAGAGAAUGCUAAAAAUAUUUCCAUGAAAGAAAAUAAAGUUGAGACAAUGUUUAAUCCAGCUGAACAAUCUGUAGACUUUAAGGGUGAAGCAAUAACAUUUAAAGCAACAAGCGAAGGUGUUUUAGCAACAUUACAACAUUGUGUGGAAUUAAUGGUACAACGAGAAGAUGCAUGGCGUCGUAGAUGGGAAAAAGAAGUUGAAAGAAAGCGAAAAGUGCAAGAACUUUACAAAGCUCUAAAAGAGCAAGUUACAAUGCAACAAAGUGAUUCUCCAAGACCUAGAGUUCUUAUUCAUGGAGGUCCAGAUUAUGAGGAAGGUCCACAUAGUGCUCUCUGUGAUGAAGAAUUCUAUGAUGCAGUAGAAACCGGAUUAGAUAAAAUUGAUGAAGAGAAUCAACUGAGAGAUCGUUUGAAACAAAAAUCAGUUUCAGUUUUAACUACUCCUAUCAUGUCAGCAGUUAGACAUAGACUUUGGCCAGAGAUAGAAAAAAUAACGAUGGAACAAUUGCAUUAUGCACGUCUUGAAGUAGGAGCAGGUGGAUGGCAAUUAUUUGCUGAAGAUGGUGAUAUGAGAAUGUACAGACGUGAAGAAGAAGCGGAUGGUUUAGUGGUAGAUCCUUUGAAAGCUUGUCAUGUUGUAAAAGGAGUUACGGGUCAUGAAGUAUGCGAAAUAUUCUUCAGCCCUGAAUUCAGAACAGGAUGGGAAGCUACUCUUGAAGAUAUGACUGUGGUAGAACACAUUUCCAAAGACACUUUAAUAUUUCUACAAACGCAUAAGCGAAUUUGGCCAGCAAGUCAAAGAGACGCGUUAUUUUGGUCACAUAUGCGUCGAGUUUCUGAUGAUGAAGAUCCCGAUGCACAUGAUUUAUGGAUAGUUUGUAAUCAUAGUACAGAACACCCUGAUUUUCCGCCGAACACUGGAAAAUGUGUAAGGGUUUAUCUAACUGUUUGCCUUGUGUGUCAAACCUUCAUUGAUCCUCCAAAAGAUGAAGAAGAAAUAAAAAGAGAAAAUUUAACAUGCAAAAUAACUUAUUGUUCUGUUGUUAAUCCUGGUGGAUGGGCUCCAGCAUCUGUUCUACGUGCUGUUUAUAAAAGGGAGUAUCCAAAGUUCCUUAAACGUUUUACUAGCUUUUGUAUUGAGCAGUGUAAGGAUAAACCAAUUAUAUUCUAAGAAUAAUUGAUAGAAUUUUCAUAUUUUCCAUCCAAUUCUUCAUCUAUUACAUCGAAGCAUUUCCAUGCUCUUAAUGUAUUAAUAUAUCAAAGAAGAAAUCAGAAAUUAAAAAAUAGAAAUUCGAAAACAAAAAUUCUCCUAACUAUAAAUGAAAGUGUUUUAUAUACUAUUUUUUUUAUUUGCUUAACAUAAUUGAUGUAAUAUAUAUACAUAUAUAUUAUAAUAUAUAUGUAUAUAUUCACAGCUUAGUAAAAUAGGAUAUAAACUGUUAUAUUGAAAGUGAUUUAUUAAGAGUACAUAUACUUCCAAGAAUAACUUUAUAACGCGGAACGCAUGCGCUAAAACAUUGUUUGUAAAUUAUAUUUACUCCUUUAAAUAACAGCUUGUUACUUUAUUGUUAUACAGAAUGCUGUCGCAAGUCACUUGUACAAAUCUUAACAAAUUGAAUAUAUACACAUUUAUCUAUUGUUAUAUUAUAUAUCCAAUUAAAUAUGAAACUGUAUAAUACAAAUUAUAUUGUUAUUUUUAUUUAUACAUAAAAUGUAUAAUACAUUAAUAUAAGUAUGAAGGUCAAAUGGGAAAAACAUAAUAAAGACUGUUGUAGA